AUGCGUGUCCCACGCAUCAUUUUGCAAUUCCUUGGAAGACGAAAUGAUAAACCUAAACAGCUUCCACAAUGGCGUGUUUGCUUAUGGUCAUUUUUGGGAACCUUUAUUGGAAUUUGCAUCCUUGCUAUCCUCUUUCAUUAUUCCUACUAUUUUCAUAUCCAGCUUCAUUAUCCCACCAUCCUCAGUAGUUGGGGAGCGGCGGCGGUGUUAUUUUAUGGUACUCCAGAAGCCCCCAUGACACAACCAAGAGCGGUAUUCUUUGGCAAUUUGAUCUCAUCCUUUAUUGGCGUUGCCAUCACCAAGCUCUUUUUGGAAAUCAAUACACCGGAGGACGCAUUUGAGCAUGUACAAUGGAUUGCUGCUGCAUCGAGUGUUUCGAUAUCAUUGGUGUUAAUGCAAGUAACUAAAACAGUGCAUCCUCCCGGAGGAGCUGUUGCUAUUUCAUGCAUGACACAAGAUAACUUGAAAAGACUCGGAUGGCAGUAUAUGGGAUUUGUGAUGCUCUCAGCUACCUUAAUGACCGCAUGGGCGCUGAUUAUCAACAACAUCGAACGUCAAUACCCGAUUUUCUGGUGGACACCCGUUUAUCGACCUCAUCCUGAUCCACAAGAAGCUCCAGAUCAAGAUACCGCAUCAACAACAGUUGGCACAGAUGAUAUUCUUCCCGUCGUUGAUGCUCUUCCCAAGAAUGCUCUUAAUGAUAGUGAACGCGAUGCCUAUAAUAUCAUACGUCAAAAAGUGCAAGCAGCUGCCAAUACACAAUAA